UUAAUUUUGCUUGGGUUGUCUAUAAAUACGUGAACGAGAGUAAACCCUAACCCUAACCCCCAAUAAGGUUUCUACAUUAGCACUACGCCGCAACACAACUCUCUCCUACGCGAGCUCUUGUUCUUCCGUGGCAAUGGCGGCGUACGCAGCUAUGAAACCUACGAAAACCGGUUUGGAGGAGUCACAAGAACAGAUCCACAAGAUCAGGAUCACUCUUUCCUCCAAGCACGUCAAAAAUCUCGAGAAAGUUUGUUCUGAUUUGGUUCGUGGUGCGAAGGACAAGCGCCUCAGGGUGAAGGGACCUGUGAGGAUGCCAACUAAGGUUCUUCACAUCACUACCAGGAAAUCCCCCUGUGGUGAAGGUACCAACACCUGGGACAGAUUCGAACUACGUGUUCAUAAGAGGGUCAUUGACCUCUACAGUUCCCCUGAUGUUGUUAAGCAGAUUACUUCAAUCACAAUCGAGCCUGGUGUUGAGGUUGAGGUCACAAUUGCAGAUGCUUGAUCUCAGUUUUGAAGAUUAAAGACAUUAAUUUUGUUGUGCUUGCUUAGUUAUUUAUCUUUUUUGUUUAGUUUUUAUGGUUUUUGGACAUCGGUGAAUGAAAAAGUUAAACAUCAUGCUUCAUAUGGUUUAGGGUUACAUACAUGUUGAGUAUUUGCUUUCAUGUCAUAGCAUAUUGUACUCGUACUUGAUCCCCCUUUUUGUUCUUCUACAACAAAUUUUUAAGUCUUACAACUCUUGCAAAAGAAAGAUGUAAUUUAUACUCAUGAAAGAUUUAGGUCUGACAGAAUGCACCAUUUUGUUGGACAGCGUAAAUUUAUGAGGACUUAGACGACAUUUCAUUUA